AUGCGCGUUAAGCAAUUCUAUCACCAAAACAUCAAGCAAGCACCAGUGGAGAUCAAAGAAUCGUCUUCUCAAAAACUUGCUCAUGUGAUUACAGAUAAAAAGUCAACUAGCAUUUUAGAUGGUUCACAGCAUUUGCCUUGUUUGCAAAACCAACAUGGGCAGCCAGAUACUGAGCAGAAACGCACCUCUGUUCAUGAUAGAAUACGGGUGCCUGUUACUUAUGAUGACCUGCUUGAACAGAAGGAUCCAAUUGAGGAACAAACUUGA